UGAUACGCUUAUGAGGUACGUUUUGUGAGUUCAUAUGAGUGAGUUGACGAAUCACUGACUAAAAUCAGGACAGAAAUCAUGCUGACUAUUCUUCUGAUUAUGGCAAUAACUGGCCAAGGUCAAUCAUGGGACAGCCUUGGAGAAAGCUUCGUCACAAUAUUCCCAGAGAACAUAGCCUUCUACUAUCCACUUAGUCCAGUGAACGCUCUCAAUAUCACCGCUGUCCUUCCCAACACUGUGGUGGAAGUCUUCAUCUCAGGGCAGUUGACAUACACAAACACACUGCCAGCAGGAAAGCCUGUAACUGUGACCUUGCCAGUGGAUAUUGAGGAAUACCAAUUCGGUGAAACUUCUCAGACUGUCAGAAUCAGCAGCACGAAGCGCAUCGUGGUGCAAUCAAUCAGCAAGAAAGCAGACAGUGUGCAAACUAAUGUCAUUCAGCCUCAGAAAAAUCUUGGUACAAUUUAUACCAUCCCCUUGCUGAAUUACAGACAGAUGAUCAAAACUUUUUAUCAAUCGGCAAGAAAUGUCAGCAAGAGAUACAGCUCCUUCAGGCUGGUUAUUAUCAACGGAGAAGAUCGGAUUAAUAAUGUCAGAAUUGUAAAAAGGCCUACAGACGAGAUUUACAUACUCGAUCCGUUCACCGCUCUCCAGCUUCAAACUGAUGGGACAGAAACUGAGAUUUAUUCUGAUUAUAAAGUGGCUGUGAUGCUGACCCAUCCAUGUGUAGAGGUGGAAGAAUGCAGAUGCAACAUGGUGCUGAACCAACUUUAUCCCGACGCUCAGUGGGAUAGCAGAUUUGUUGUACCCUCAAUACUCAACACCAGCAACUUUUGGCUACAUGUGACGUCCUCAAUGAAAACCAGUGCCAAUGGCGGGGAUCUAGAAUCGAGUACUGUGGAUGCCUAUUCCUCAAAACUCCUGUCCCUUCCAUCUCUGCAGUUAGGAUCCCAGUUCAUCAACACAUCGAAUCCUGCUUCCCUCAGGCUUGUCAGUCCAAGCGGCAUCAUCAUUGAACCGAUCUCCCAAUAUAGGUUCUCUGCGUGCUACCUAGUGCCUGUCAGCUCGACAGAUGCCAAGGCCUUAAUCAUAGCAGAAACAUACUACAGGGAUAGUGUGUAUAUAGAUAAUGAUUUGCUUUUAUCUACUAAAUGGAGUCCCAUCGCCAAUUCAGUGUACUCAUCGGUGUCAGUGUCUCUUGAUGACACACACAUCAUUUGGCACCCAUCCACAAAGAUCGCCGUGUACGUGUUUGAGAAGAGCACAAAUGUGUAUGGAGGCCCGGCUAUAUCUUUAAGUGCAAAGCCAGACCCUUUAGGCUGUGCGUUUGUUCCUUCUAAGUUUGACAUCAUCGUUACACCUCAAACCUGGCCUGAAUCUCAUCAAUACUGUAAGCUCAUGAGUGACGAGUUAUUCAGUCCCAGCAAUGAAGAGGCCCAAGAGGAGAUGACCAACAUUCUGAAUAAUGAAGCUUGGUCAAACACCAGUAGCUGCUCAAAUCAACUGUCCUGGAAACCGCAGAGUGACCGUGAUGCUGUUUCAUCUUAUCUUCAUGUCAUUGGUUUGCUCGGGGCUGUCAGUGGAGAGCUAUGGAAGACACUUCAUCACGGCAUUCCCAGAAAACACUGCCUACUACCAUCCACAGGAGUCCUCCAACACGCUCCAAAUUACUGCUUUCUACGACAACACCCUCGUCUCAAUCACCAUCAACUACACAAAAGUGUUCUAUGAUAAACUACAAUCUGGGCAGUCUAAAAUUGUGCAUUUUCCCAAGUACAUCGAGCAAUAUCAGUUCACAAAC